AUGGGUUCUCUCCCCACUGCCAACGUUCCUCGAAUUGACAUAUCGCCUCUGUUUGGUGAUGAUGGCAAAAAAAAAGCCCAGGUAGCGCGAGCUAUCGACGCAGCCACGCGCGACACCGGCUUCUUCUACGCUGUCAACCACGGUGUUGACCUUCCAUGGCUCUCUCGCGAGACUGCCAAAUUUCACCAGACCAUUAGCGAUGAGGAGAAGUGGCAGCUGGCCAUACGGGCUUAUAACGAGAAGAAUGAGUCCCAGGUCCGCGCAGGAUACUCUCUCCCUAUCCCGGGAAAGAAGGCUGUGGAGUCACUUUGCUACCUCAACCCUUCAUUCGGGCCUGAUCACCCACGCAUCAAAAACAAGACGCCAAUGCACGAGGUCAACGUUUGGCCAUCUGAGGAGAGGCACCCUGGAUUUCGGUCCUUUGCCGAGAAGUACUACUGGGACGUUUUCCGCGUUUCCGAGGCGCUCCUUCGAGGGUAUGCAUUGGCAUUGGGCAAGGAGGAGAACUUUUUCGUCCAGCACUUCCAGCGAGACACGACUCUGUCGUCUGUCGUUCUCAUCCGCUACCCCUACCUGGAGAACUACCCCGCACCGGCAAUCAAAACGGCCGACGACGGCACGAAGCUUAGCUUCGAGUGGCACAAGGAUGUGUCGCUCAUCACCGUUUUGUACCAGUCGGAUGUGCAGAACCUGCAGGUCAAGACCGCUCAGGGCUGGCUUGACAUUGAGCCGGAUGACACUGGGUUUCUGGUCAACUGUGGUGGCUACAUGGCCCACAUCACUAAUGAUCAUUAUCCUGCACCCGUCCAUCGCGUCAAGUGGCAGAAUGCAGAGCGACAGUCCUUGCCUUUCUUCGUGAAUUUGGGUUGGGAUGACACUGUGCAGCCUUGGAAAGCCGCCGACAAGGACGAGGCUUCCGAGGAGCAAGGCAUGUGUAACGAGAGCAUCUCCUACGGAGCGUACCUGCAAGGGGGGCUGAUUGGGUUGAUUAAGAAGAAUGGACAGACCUAG